AAUCCACACCAAUAUCCCUAUCUUAAUACCUCGAUCUCAAAACCCUAGCUACUUCCAUUUCCCCCGUUCGUCUCAACAAGUGAUCGAUCAUGGCUUCUUCUUCUUCUUCUUCCAAAGCAGCCCUUGCUCUCUUCCUGACCCUCAACCUCCUCAUGCUCUCCUACUCAGCCACGGCGGUGACGACAUGUGGUGAGCUUCCGGCCAGUGUAGGCGUUUGCGCUGACCUGUUGAAAUACCUUGUGAACUUAAGGGUUGGAACCCAGCCAAUCACUCAGCCCUGCUGCAGCCUUAUCGAUGGCUUGGUUGGUCUCAACGCCGAUGUUAAGGUUUGUCUCUGUGAUGCCCUCAAGAUUACAGAUGUUCUUGGGCUCGGACCACUUGUCAACGUCAACUUCGCUCUCACCCUGCUUCUCAACGAAUGUCACUACCCAGUUACUCCCGGCUACGUUUGCUAUUAAUUAAGCGAUCGAUGAACCAGCAGAAAGAUGGUGAAGUCAAAUGUCCUUAUAGCGAUAGCUACCUCAUCAGCUAGCUAGUUGUGCUUGGGUCAUUUAGUUAAGUUAAAAGUUGUUGUUGUUCUACUUUUUCAUUUCAGUUAUCCGUUUGCUUUCUUGGCUGGCGCCGCAAAAAGUUGUGAAAUGUUAGUUUCAUGACACUUGGAUGCCUAAGUACUCAAGAUAAAUAAUGAUUGUACUAUGAAUAAAUUGACUUCAUUAUC